GCCAGGUGUUAGGAAAGAGAUCGCGUCUGUGCUGUGCUUUUAUCAUUCCGCUAUAAUAACACAUCAGCCUUAACUGGCAUCGAGCCGCACGCUAUUUAUUUCAUCGUCGGUGCAAAUCCGUCGUCUUUUAAGCUUUUCACCACACAUCCUUCAGAGAGGAACAUUUCCCACGGAAGUUAAACAGCUUUACUUGUGUUAUUAGAAGAUUUCUUUGAUCUAAAGAGAUACAAUGAUAUUGAGAUGGGCUCUUUCUGUUGUAUUGCUCGCCGGCUUGGUGUUCACUGCAGCUGAUGACAGCGAGACGGAGAGAAAUGUGGCGGAGUUAGAGGUGGAAACACUGGCAAAACCGGAAACAUGCACAGUAACAUCAGUGAUGGGGGACACGCUUCGUAUACAUUACACGGGGCGGCUUUUGGACGGGAAGGUCAUAGACUCCUCUCUGUCCCGUGAUCCACUGGUGGUCGAACUGGGGAAGCGAACCGUCAUCUCAGGUCUAGAACAAGCCCUGGUUGGUGUCUGUGAAGGACAAAAAAUCAAGGCCACCAUUCCUGCACAUCUAGCAUAUGGAAAAAGAGGAUACCCUCCAACUAUCCCAGGUGACUCUGCUCUGGAGUUUGAGGUGGAGGUGAUCUCCUUGGUGCAGCAGACGCCUUGGCAGAAGCUGGUGAAUGACGUCUUUCCUCUUGUGUGCCUGGCACUGGUUCCCACUUUACUGGGACUGGUGGGUCUCUACCUUUACAAGAAGGCCAGUGCACAACCUCAAGGCAAGAAGAAGAGCAAGGACAAGAAGAGCAAGAAGAAAUAAAAAGGAUAUGGAAGGAACAAUAAACUAUUUAAAUAAAAAAAAUUAGAAAAAA